GCCGGGCGCCAGCCGCGGGGCCCGACGGGAUUGUGGCGGUCCUCUCUCUCAACUCGGAAGCUUCCGCUGCCUCCGGACGCUCUCAAGAUGGCGACCUCUCUGGGUUCCAACACCUACAACAGGCAGAACUGGGAGGAUGCGGACUUUCCCAUUCUGUGCCAGACGUGUCUUGGAGAAAACCCAUAUAUCCGAAUGACCAAAGAAAAAUAUGGGAAGGAAUGCAAAAUUUGUGCCAGGCCAUUCACAGUGUUUCGUUGGUGCCCUGGGGUCCGCAUGCGUUUUAAGAAGACCGAAGUGUGCCAAACCUGCAGUAAAUUGAAGAAUGUCUGUCAGACUUGCCUCUUAGACUUAGAAUAUGGCCUGCCCAUCCAGGUUCGAGACGCAGGAUUGUCUUUUAAAGAUGACAUGCCAAAGUCAGAUGUCAACAAAGAAUACUACACCCAGAAUAUGGAGAGAGAGAUUUCUAACUCUGAUGGAACACGGCCAGUUGGCAUGCUGGGAAAAGCUACUUCCACCAGUGACAUGCUGCUCAAAUUGGCCCGGACCACACCCUACUACAAAAGGAACCGACCCCACAUUUGCUCCUUCUGGGUGAAAGGAGAGUGUAAGAGAGGAGAGGAGUGUCCAUACAGACACGAGAAGCCUACAGAUCCAGAUGACCCUCUUGCUGAUCAGAAUAUUAAAGACCGGUAUUAUGGAAUCAAUGACCCCGUGGCAGAUAAGCUUCUCAAGCGGGCGUCAACCAUGCCUCGUCUGGACCCACCCGAGGACAAGACUAUCACCACAUUAUAUGUGGGCGGUCUGGGUGAUACCAUUACCGAGACAGAUCUGAGAAAUCACUUCUACCAGUUUGGAGAGAUCCGGACGAUCACUGUCGUGCAGAGACAGCAGUGUGCUUUCAUCCAGUUUGCCACAAGGCAGGCUGCAGAAGUGGCCGCUGAGAAGUCCUUUAAUAAGCUGAUUGUCAAUGGCCGCAGACUCAACGUGAAAUGGGGAAGAUCCCAGGCAGCCAGAGGAAAAGAAAAGGAGAAGGAUGGAACCACAGACUCUGGGAUCAAGCUCGAGCCCGUUCCAGGACUUCCAGGAGCUCUUCCUCCCCCUCCUGCAGCAGAAGAAGAAGCCUCUGCCAACUACUUCAACCUCCCCCCAAGUGGCCCCCCAGCUGUGGUGAACAUCGCCUUGCCGCCACCCCCUGGCAUUGCCCCGCCCCCACCCCCAGGUUUUGGCCCACACAUGUUCCAUCCAAUGGGACCACCCCCUCCUUUCAUGAGGGCGCCAGGACCAAUCCACUACCCUUCUCAGGACCCCCAGCGGAUGGGAGCUCACGCUGGAAAACACAGCAGCCCCUAGCACACUGCCAGCACUCUGGGCUUCUGUGGAAGAAAGGGCGUUUAAAAAUCCAGGUUAACGGAUUUUGGAAUAAAUAUAUUUUUCCUUCCUUUGUAGUUUCCAUGGUAGCUGAAUGUGUUCAGAUGUGGGCAGUCGGAGAACGACAGCCACGCUUUCCUCCACGUAUUCAGAGGAUCAGUGGACCUCAGAUAAGCUGCCAUUAACGCAUCUGGUUACUACCAUAACAUUACUAAUACAGCCUAGUGCUGCUCCCUUCCCGCUGUGGGGGUCGCACACGGUGAAGUGGGGUGCCCAGUGGGGUUACCAUCCCAAUUCUCUGUUCAUUUUGUAUCUUUGUUGGGGGGAAAAAUUGACCUGUGGUUAAAAAAAAAAAAAAGAAAACACAACCUUUUGACCAUUUUUAUGUUCGUUGGGUAUUUUCCUUAUUAUCACCUAAGAAGAGAUCACUAACCCUAAUCACUGUAGUGGGUAAGUGUGACUUGGCCCUGAAGUCACACCCUCAGGAAGACGGAAGCCAGCCCCAGCCCCAGCACGGCCCACAUCCUUUUUCUCUUUUUUUUUCUUCACUUAUUACUAAAAGAAUCCGACUGAGAGUUUUACUUCUCUGUACCACCAAAAAAAAAAAGAGACAAAAAUUAUUUUUUAUUCCUGUCGAUCGGUCAAAAAUACAAAAUUCAUGGAGCUGUGUAUCACUGAAGAAACCUGGUCUCUGGGACAGAAUUAUUUUAAAGAACUUCCUUUAAAACACUUUCUUUAACAAACUGAGAGGAAGAACAGCGGAGUGUGUUUGAAUGGAAGACUGCUUCCGGACUCUGAUCUGCAGCAUCACCCUCGUGUGUCCUCAGCGUCUCGUAACCUCCUGCUUCUGGGCAGGGGACUCUGUUUGGUCUUAGAAUGUUUGGAUAUAACUGAAUUGUAGAUGGUAUAUGAAAUUCGAUGUUGUGUUAUGUUUUUUGUUUUUAAAUAAUUAAAACGGGUCAAUUUUCCAAACGUC